AUGAGACUCACGCACCUCCAUCUCCCCCACACAACGCCCUUCAGCCGGGUCUCGCACCUCCAACAAGCCCUCACAACCCGCCUCCUCACGCACAAGAAGCUCGCCUCCCCGGGCUCAAUAUCAUCACAAGAACCGAGUAGCUCAAGCGCCACACUAGCCAAAACCCCACCGCCGCCCCCAGACCCAACAAUCAUCACCUUCACCCCGAACCCCGUCUACACCACCGGGCGCCGCGACCUCCCACCUUCAAACACAAGCCCACCCUCCACAACAAACCCCCUCUCUCUACCCCCAGCCCUUGAACCAAUCCGCUCCCUCCUCACCCCGCACGGCACCAAACCCGCAAAGGCAGAGUACCACCCGACUCUCCGCGGCGGACAGACAACCUACCACGGGCCGGGCCAGAUGGUCGCGUACACGAUCCUAGAUCUCAAGCGACUGGGCCUAACGCCCCGGUGCCACAUCCGUGUUCUAGAGAACAGCGUCAUCGACCUACUGAAAAGCUACGGAGUGGAGGGGUUUACGACGGAAGAUCCGGGGGUGUGGGUGAAGCCUGGGUCAGGAUCUGGAUCUGGAUCAGCAUUGCAGCCGAGGAAGAUCACGGCUGUUGGGGUGCAUCUGCGACGCAAUAUUAGCAGCUUUGGAAUCGGGCUGAAUGUCACGGACGAGCCGAUGUGGUUCUUUAGGCAGAUUGUGGCUUGUGGACUGGAGGGCAAGGAAGCGACUAGUCUGCAGGGUGUGGGGGUUCCGGGUUUGGAGGUUGGGGAUGUUGCCGCUGCGUUUGUGGAGAAGUUCGUUAGUCGGGUUAAUGCGGAUUUUGCAUGUGGGGAGAAUUCACUGGGGGAGAAGAUUGAUGAGGUUUAUCAGGUUAGGGAGGAGGACUUGCUGAGCAAUAUCUAG